UCAGCCAAUAGCCUGAGAGGGCGGUCUCCUGGGCGGUUUGACGUUACCAUGGAUACGCAGUGACUCACCCGUCAGGUUCCCGUCGCGAGAAAAACUAUUGAUUCAAUUUGUUUAUCAGUUUUACUCUUUUGUUAAAAAUGGACGAUAUCGGACGUUUAGAAGUGAGGUGGGUACAAGGCUUUAGCAACAACAAUAUCGAGUUUGUGGACAAAAAAACGGUGUGUUACACGUGUGGGAGUCACGUCUGUUUCCUGGACCUGGAGACAAAAACGCAAAGUAUAUUUCAGAGCCCUGGAAGAGGCGUUGGUGCGUUAACAGCCAAUGGCAAGAGUGGGAUUUUUGCCUUUUCUGAGCAAAAACUAUCCCCAUCUAUAUUUGUGCACAUGUUCCCCCAGCUUUAUUUGAAGAAUGAACUCAAAGGAACAGCACAACUGGACUACACAUCUCUGACAUUGAGCGAUGGUGGUCCUUAUUUGGGAUGCUGCUCCUCUCUCCCCGACCACACCAUCACAGUGUGGAACUGGGAAACUGCUGAGCCAAUUUGUGAACAACCACACGCUGGACAGGAUGUUGUUUCGUUGGCGUUCAACCCUCUGAAUUGGCUCCAGCUUUGCGCUUUGGGCACCGCAUCCCUCACUGUCUGGAACAUCGAGAAGAGCGCCAGCUUUCAUGUCCUGAAACCAAGUGUGAUUGAGCUUCCAGCAACUGAUGCCCCCCUUGAGAAACUGGCGCCCACCUGUCAGAAAUAUUUUGCCCAAUCAACCACCUCAGAGCUCAAAGCAGAGAGCAUUGUGACUAAACAUUGCACCAGAGCCAGACUAACCCCUUGUGCCAUCUGCUGGACGGCCACAUCAGAGCUUUAUGUGGGCUGUGAGGAGGGUUUUCUGCUUCUUGUCGACCCAGAGGAACUCUCUGUCUCAGUCCUCUUCAAUCCCACAAUUGCUGAAGCCAACCCCAAACUCAAAAAUAACAGCUUUCAAGCUUUAAGUCUUAACAAGAAUGGUCUGAUUGUUACAGGAAAGGAAAGUGUAAUGCACAGUCUCCAAAUCAAAGGGAGUCAGAUUGACAUCACACAAACGUGGCACUUAGACAGACCUGUCACAACUAUGAAGAACUCCCCUGACAAUAACACAUUACUUCUGUCUUCCAAAACGGGGCAGAUCUACACGUUGAACCUGACCCAGUCAGACAAGAUCGUAAAGGUCCUGGACAUUCUCAGCGGCAACUUUGUGGCAGCAGCUUUCUUGCACACUGACAAGAACAUUUUUGUGUCAUUGAGGGAUUCUGGAGAGCUGCAGCUUUGGUCCUCGGAGGGCAUCUGCCUCAGUUCCUUGUCUCUUCAAGCUGAGGCGACGAGUCUGGCCUGCUGUCCUAUUGCAUGUUACGCAGCUGUUGGAACAUCUUCAGGAAAAGUCCUCUUCUUUGACCUGAACAAGGAGCAUCAGCCUCGUCUUGUGCACCAGGUUCACCUAUACCACACAUCUGUGGACCACCUUGUUUUUGAUCAAGACGGGCAAUACCUCCUCACCAGCUCCUCACAUUCACACAUCUAUGUGCUGAAUGCGAAGCCGUCAAAUAUGUUUUCAGUCAUAGGAUACACAGAUGUUCCUGGACGCAUUUUGUCACUUUCUACUCAGAGCAUCAGGGACUCUGAUGAGGUGAAAGUUCUCGCAUUGUGUGCUGAGCAAGAGGACCAAGAUCUAGAUGGCAGCCUGCUCUUGGUGCUCAACCUGUCUGCCACGAACCUGACAGCUCCAAAUUGUGUAGACAGAUAUGGUCGUCUGGCAGCUCAUGUCCUGAAAGAGUUCAGAUGCAAAGUGCCUCAUCCACUUCAGUCCUGUGUUCUGGGAGUCAGUGACAUCUUCGCUUACUGCCACCGGAAUAAGACCAUCCAGCGAUUUCAGCUUCCCGAGGACACCGGUAGUCUCUCCGGUCAGCAGGUAGUCGAGCUGGAGCCAGAACAGGAAGUGAGGGGUCAUCCGCUAGGCCCUGCCUCUCUUGUGCUGUCUCCUCACUACUUGUGGUUGGCUUCCGUGGGCCGAGAUGGUUUACUACGAAUUAGAGAAACUGCGUCCAUGGAGCGGUACAUCGAGCUGCAGUGUCACUCGUGGCGUCUCGGCGGAGUCCGCGGUGUCUCCUUCUCCACUGACUGCCUCACUAUCCACACUGUUGGCUUCGGUGAUGGCUCUCUUGUGUGCACCGACCUGAGAAAUAAACAUGCGGACGGCAGCAUGGUGAAUGAUGCCACAGAGCUCAGCGAGUCUAUGGCUCCUUUCUUGAACAACUUAUUCAACGCAGAAAACCCCAUUCUCACUGACCUUCCUGUGUGGGGACAUGGGCCUCCUGUUGGCACAGAAAAAACAGAAAAGAGCAAGGUCAGUGUUGGGGCGUCUGUGGAUGUGACAGAGCAGGACGAGAGUUAUAACAGCCUGUUGUCUGCUCCACCUCCCCAGCCCACAUGGCUGGAAAGCAGGCAAGAAGAAGUUGUGAAAGAAGAUAAUGAACAAUAUUCUGAGACGAAGAAAAAACUGAGGGAAACCAUCAAAGAGUUACGUGACUCUAUGCAGGAGAUGAUGCGUGAAAAUGACAAACUCCCUGAGCAACAUUUCAACCUGGAUGUGGAGGAGCAGAGGAGACUUGAGGCCAUGGUGGAGCAGGAGGUCGCGAGGGUGAGGGCUGAAAUCGAAUGGGACAUCAUAGAAAAAUGUUACCUCCGUGAUGUCCUGAAGAGAGAGUGUUGGGAUUCUGUGAAGGUCAAAGGCAGGACCAUAAAGGGAUUUCACUCUGAACUCGAGGUGCAGAACUUCCCCCUGAAAGAGCGGACGGAGAAGGAGUUGGAGAACCUGUCCCGGGCCGAGAAUGCGAGGAGGUUUGAAAAGGCUGCAUUCACCCUAAGCAACCCAAAAAAAAGUCCCAACACAGAAGAGGAAGAGCAGAGGGUGGAAGGCCACGAGGCAGAGUGCACCGCUCUGACAGGAAGUUUCUCCACUCACUUAGGGUACUCGAACCCAUACGUCUAUGACCAGUUCAGUCUGCAAACUACAGAACAGAGAAUUAACCAGAUAAUCCUGCUGCAGGAUGUGAUUUAUCGCAUCAAGACGGCUUUCAACGCCGACUUCGAUGCGUUGCACAGACAGAAGACGCAGGAGAUCGAGCACGUGAGGGACAGGAACAGACACAUCAGAAACCUCAUGCUGGAGCUGGACAUGGACGAGGAGCUGUGGGAGCCCAGCCUGACCACCAGCGAGUGGCCAGAGAAGCUGCUCACUGUGGACGACUCUGAGAUAAAAGCAGAAAAGUACCUCAGCCCCAAACAGAGAGAGAAGGAGGAGGAGAGGAAGAGGCUUGAAGAGCAGAGUCAAUUGGCUGCUCAAAGCAACCAGAGCAGAGAAAGGGGCGUUGAUGACAUGAUGGAAGGAGUGCUGGAAGUAAAAAAAGAGGACAUCUUGAAAAUGGAAAUACCUCUGCCUGAGUUUGUUUUGACCAAACCUGACAUUCAGUGGAGUGAGGAGGAGAAAAAAGUCUACAAAGAGUAUGAAAAUAAAACCAACGACCUCACUGAGGAGAAGGAAAAAUACAGAAAGUCACUGGAAAUCGAAAUACAAAAGCUGCAGGAAUCCACAAAGGAAGUGGCUGAAAAGUUUGAUGAAAGUUUGUCAAAGCUGUUUGAGAAGAAGAUAAAAUGCACCGUGGCUAUAUACCAGGAAGAGCUGAAGAUCACCUAUCUUGCUGAUGCAGUCACUGAGGAAGAGGAGAUGAGAAACCGAGAGCUGGAGCUCAAGCUCAAACUUGAAAAAAUGUUGGCAUACAAGGAUGAAAUUACAGAGGAGGUAAAGAAACACGCAGAAGAAGUGGAACUGUUUCACGAGGCCUACGACACCCUCGUGGCUGAGGAUAAAGUUCUGGACAAAGACUUCAGGAAGGACUUCUUUGACGUUCCAAAAAUGAUGGUGGAUCACCUCUACAAGCUGUUCAAACGUAGACCCAGGGUUCAGAAGAUGAGGACCCAGUCUGACAGCAGCUCCAGAGAGCUCCGUCUGAGUGGUUCUUUGGCUCCUGUCGCGCUCGCCAGAAUACUCGCCGCCAUGGAGGACCUGGAUGCUCCGGAGAAUAUGCCAGAGGGUUUGAACCAGACUAUCUGGGAAAGAUUCUGUUUUUUCCGCAGAACAAAAGUUGAGAGUGAGCAAAAGAUAAAACUCAAAGCUCUGAGUCUUGCUGAGAUGCAGGCCUUCUUGCAAAGGAGGAAAGAUGAGGAAAAUGCAGCUAAACAGGAAAUAAAAAACAUCUCUGAGGAGCUUGAAAGUCUGCAUAAGGAGAGGAACCAUCUUCUGAUGGACACCAUGGUCCAGCUCAUACUCAAACAAGGCCAGGUGGAGGUUUCCACAGCAGACCUGUGCGCUGACGACACCAACUUCAACCUUUACCACAGGAGCGUGGUGGACGACCUCAGGAGCGUCAUCAGGAUGCUUGCUGAGCAGAAGAUAGCCUCCAUGGUGGAGCGUAAAGAGGUGCGCAAGGGCAUGAUCCAGCUAGAGUGGGAGCACAAGGUAAUGAAGAAGCAGAUAGAGGACCUCAACGACAAAGCGAGGGACAUCAAGAUGUUACGACUCUCAGAGGAGCAACAAGAUAUGACGCAUCUCAGCAAGACGGAUUAUGACAGUCACAUGUCCAAUAAAGUUUCCAGUUUGGAGAAAAGCAUAGCUCUGAUGACUAAGACUCAUCUACACACCGUGCAACAACGCAUCAAAAAGACUGAACAGAUAAACAGGCAGGCGGCAACUAAAGCGGCGAACAAUGCUCUUUUAGAGCAGCAGCUUCCCGGCAUUCAGGUGACCGUGGCGGAGCUGAAACACAUCUUUGAAGCAACAGCUUCGGAGGAAAACGAAGCGGCUAAAACGGAAGAGCGUUACCAGGAAAUCGUUCAGAAGAGCGACCUGGAGGAUCUCGCCAGAGCGCAGGGCGAGGACCUGGACGCCCUCUGGAGAGAAGUAGAGCGUCUGACGAGGAGGAAUUUUCCUUCGCUUGAUCAGCUGAAACACACCUGAGCGGAGCCUCCUCUUCAACGGAUAACGCGUUUUAUUUGCACUUCUCUCAGCAGUGAAACUGAACAUGAAAUGUAUAACAAAUAAAGCAACAAAUACAACUUGUACUUCA